AUGGGCAACACUAACUCGAAUGUGAAGCCCAGGAACUCAUCACCAGAGGGGGCCCAGCAACAACCACACAAAUCUCUACGCCAGAAGAAAAGAUCACUGGAGCUCCCGGAUCUCGCCCAGUUGGGAUUCACGAAUGCUGCGCCCCUUCGACAACCACAGUCGAAUCCAAUCAAUAUCCCCUCGAACAAUGCGGGGAACGGCGCAGAUAUAGAUGCGGCCGCGGGAAGGAGGCCUUUGCCUGAGGACUUCUCAGCAGCAGAUGUGACUUUGUACCCGAUGCCGGCAAAUCAGCGCCAGGGCAACUACUACCGCUCGGCGAGGAAUGACACUCGAGAUUUUAUGCCACCGUCGAAUCAGCAGCGGGGUCGCACUGGCGGCGCUCACUAUCAUCCAUCCAUACCAUCGGUGCUGAAUCUACCGACCCAUCAGCCCCAGCCCUUCGUACAGGAGACCGUGUAUUCAACUAUACCCAUGGCCCUCGGGAAAGCUGAUGGUCUCGGGGAGAUUUUGCAGGACGCUCCCCUGGAGCCGGAGGCUGAUCCCAUCCACGAACCGGUAAAUGUCAAGAUCACAUGGACUGGUGGGGGUAAAAAUGUGCUUCUAGCUAGAGCAGGUGAUGAUGACUGGAAAGGUCGACAGGAGAUGGAUCCGGACCCAAAUAAUAACACCAUCUUUACAGCUAACGUAUCUCUCCUUCCUGGCACUCACCACAUUCGUUUUCUCGUCGACGAGACUUGGCGUGUUGCCGACGACAUCCCUACCGCCGUCGAUGAUCAAGGCACUCUUGCGAACUACGUUGCCGUCCCUAUACCAGUGCCAGGCAUUACAUCGGCACCACCUGCUGCCAAGGUUUCUCCCCCAACUGUGCAUCCGUACAAAAUGCAGGCAGGACCCAGUUUUUGGAGUGAUGAUUCCUCGUCCUCCUACCCAUCUCAAUAUAAUCAUCCUACCAUCCCGCACCCAGUCAUAUCGCAGGACACCCCGCAUAAUAAGCACGCGCCGCCUGCCUGGACGAGUGUCAUCCCACCUGAACUCAUAGAAGCCGCACGAGAAGAGGAGACCUACCUUGCUGCAUCAGCUGCACCGCAUCAAACGGGCUUUAUCGCAGCACCCAAUAUUCCACCCGCCCCGGGUUUACCUCGGCACUUAGAUAGACUGAUCCUUAAUGGGAAAAGCCCGGGCGUUGGUAUAGUGAAUGGUGGUCGUAGUGGGCGUGCCACUCCCUCUGGUUCUAAUAGCGGCAAGCGAGACGGAAAGGAAAGAGACCGUGAACGGGAUCGAGAGGGUAGAGACCGGGAUAGGGAUGCUCGUGGGCGCGACGGAAGGGAGAAGAGCACCCGACGAAAAGAACGCGAACGAGAGCGAGAUCGUGGACGAGACGUCCUCCAGCCAAUCCCCCCGUUUUCUGGUGGCUCUGACCCCGCGAAUUCUGGGCGAACCUUCAAUUCUGCAGGGGCGUUAAUGGAUCUCGCCACAGCGAACAGAAAUGCUCCAAAUGCUGGUUCGCAAUCAGAUGUCCCUGCACAUAUCCCACUCCCAGCGUCCCCCUCGAUCCCCGUUGAUUCCCCUAAAGUCAAACCUUCCACCGUCACUACCAUUUCAUCGCAGAGCCAUAACAAGACCCCAACUGCGUCAGGCGCGCCGACGCCCAGUCCCCUGAGUUUACCGCCUUCGGCGGCCAACAUAUCUCAGCCGCUCCCGUCGUCGUCCACCGCCUUACCCUUGCACUUGGAUCCAUUCUCUGAUGGUCCUGGACUCGCGGACGAUGCAUCCGUCUUGCCCGUACCAAGCCAUGUUGUCUUGCAACACCUUAGCACCAGCGCGAUAAGGAAUGGCGUGUUGGCGGUCGGAUGCACGACCAGAUAUAGGAAAAAGUUCUUGACCAUUGUUUAUUACAAGCCAACUUAG